UGUAUACAGCAUACAAACACCUCUCUUCCUUUGCCGAAGCUCCGAUCACUUCUUCUUAGUUCUUCUUCUCCCCAUCUCUCUCUCUCUCUUUUCUCUUUAAUUUUCGUCGAAUUUUUGAUUCCAUAGUCUCCGAGAUCUAACAUCCUCGUACCAUUCUCAGAGAAAUGUGGAUGGUGAUUGCAAUACACAGGAUUAGUUUCUUGGGAUUCUUGAAGAGGAAGUAAGAGGGGUUUUUUUGCGUUAUUGAUCUCCAACACCUUUGAAAAAUGGACACGAUGAACUGUAGACCGGAGUUGCAUGUCGCGCAACGAAGCCGUCGGGACAAGCUUAGAUCUCAUCAACUGAACGAUUGGGAAAACCCUAAUCAUCAACGUCAUCAUCAGCAUCAGAUUGAACUCAUGAUCAACCCAGAUCUCGUGAAAAACGCCUCCGGUCCUCCCGGUCUGAUCGGUUUUCUUCCUAACCAGAUUGCCGUACCGGUCCAAACCGACUCGGUCCACACCUACCAAGAUUGCGCCGCUAUGUUCAUGAACAUGCCUCAGGCGAUGAUGAUACCUUCAUCGACGAUCCAUAGAGAUGGAAUUCAUCAUGACCCUCAUCAAGGAUGCAGUGAUUCGUCGCAGCUGUGUUGCACGGUGGUAAUGAAUCACGGGGACGACAUUUCGAAUAAUCUCAACGUACGGUACGAUGUGCUGGACCGACCUCUGCGAUGUCCGAAGCAGACUUAUGAUGCUGGUCAAGACGUUGUUGAUCGAUCUAGUUUGUCCAGCAGUGAGAUUUCUAGUCAGGUUGAUGAUAAGAAGUACCAUUUGAAUCCUCUUUAUCAAAACUAUUAUCAGAAUAGCGUAGUCACGUUAGCGGGCUUGGGACCGAUGCAAGAUGAUAACAGAGAGAGUGUUUAUGAACACUGUUCGUGGCCCGGGAAUUCGCAGGGAGAACUCGUGUUUCUGCCGAGUAAUGGGAACCAGCAGCCGGAUUCUUGGUUGAGUAGACCUGUUGGGAGUAAUGUGAAUCAAUGGACCGACGGAUCGGGUUCUAUUGUUUCAAGAAAACAUGACCAAGAACCGAGAAAUGUUACGACGGCUUCUGUAAAGAAAGGCUUGUCUCUGUUUCUUGAGCAAGAAGUACCUAUACCGUCCAUGAUUAGUAGGAGGUCUUCAGGAAAAUCACUAGCUGAUGUGGCUUUUGAAGGUGGAGUUUCUGCUUCGUCUUUGGUUAAUGUCCAGAGAGACGUUGGUCCGCUCGGGCCAUUCACGGGCUAUGCCACGAUCCUGAAGAGCUCGAGGUUCUUGAAGCCUGCUCAACAACUUCUGGACGAGUUCUGCAAUGGCUAUGUUGCAUGGAUCACUUCUAGAAGUGAAUCUAACUUCAUGGAUGCGGCGAAUUCGUGUAACGAAGGUGGAACUAUUCGAAGCUGCAACGGUGUUGAAGGGUUUAGCUCUUCUGACCCGAUUAAGCCCGAAACCCGACUUAAGAAGGCAAAACUUAGUUUACUACAAGAAGAGGUGUGCAGAAGGUACAAGCUGUAUAACCAGCAAAUGCAAAUGGUGGUAUCGUCAUUCGAGUCUGUUGCCGGACUCAGCACUGCGACACCGUACAUCUCCUUGGCUCUUGGCCGAAUCUCGAAAAGUUUCCAGAGCCUAAGGAUUGCAAUCACCGACCAGCUGAUGCAUAUCUCGGGAAAUGGUUACGGUACUACCAACCAAACAUCGUAUAAUACAAAGUUUACGAGCCCUAGUAAUGACAUUAUGGACGGUGCCAAGAAGCAAAGAUCGACGAUGUGCAACAAUGGCGUUUCUCUCGAGCCUCAAAGCCAGAAUGUAUGGAGGCCUCAACGAGGGCUUCCUGAGCGAGCGGUGUCGGUCCUGAGAGCGUGGCUUUUCGACCAUUUUCUCCACCCGUACCCCACGGACAAUGAUAAGCAGAUGUUGGCCACUCAAACCGGCCUUUCUCGAAACCAGGUAUCGAACUGGUUCAUAAACGCUCGAGUUCGCGUGUGGAAACCGAUGGUGGAGGAGAUGCACAUGCUGGAGAUGAAAGCCAUGGUUGCUGCAGCAGCAGCCGACACAGACGACCAAACCCUAAAAACAUCCGACAUGACAAGCAACGUGGGACAUUCGAACGGACCAUGUAAUAACAACUUUGGCCAGAACGGGACGACGAGCGAGCAAGCAGUGGAGCUCCGAGGGAACAGCAACGUGGAUGGAGUGGUCGAGAAGAGGUCGAGAGUGGACCACAUGCGCUGCAACGUGGACUUGUCGGGGGGGUUGAUGGGGUUCGUGCCGUAUGGUCACCAGAGGGGUGGGUUCGAUAGAGGGCCGGGGAACGUGUCGCUGACGCUCGGGCUCAUGCAUGGCGCCGACAGCGUUCCCCAAACGCAGACGCAAACGCAAACGCAAACGCAUCAGAAUGAGUUUGGAGUAGGCCGGAUGGUUCACGACUUCGUGGGUUGAUCUUUCGUUUACCUUUUUAAUGGGUCCAAACUCCAAAGUGUGUUUUAACCGUUUUUGUCGUUAUUAAAAUAUUUUCUUAGCUGGUUAGUCUUAUUAGGGCAAAUGAAAUCGAAGAAGGUUUUAGGGUUUUUGUAUUGGAAUCCUAAAAUUUUGCUCGCUUUAAAUUUGUCUUCCUUGAUUCCA